AUGGCAGCAAGAAAGCUCCUAGUUGUGGGUGCGACAGGCAAGCAAGGCGGCAGUCUCAUCACGGCCCUCUCAGGCACCACUCCACCACCUUUCCAGAUCUUCGCCCUGACCCGCGACGCAACUUCCCCAUCGGCCAAAAGACUCGACUCGAUGCCAAACAUAACCGUCGUCGAAGGCUCUUCUUCGUCUCCAACCAGCAUCUUCGCUGCCCACAAAGACAUAUACGGCGUCUUCAGCAUGACCAUGCCGCGAACAAAGGUCUCAGAGGACGACCAAGCCAUGUCUCUGAUCGACGAGUCUAUCAAGAAUGGCGUCAGUCACUUUGUCUUCACGUCUGUUGAUAGAGGUGGAGAUGUAGUCAGUGACACGAAUCCAACGGAGAUUCAUCAUUUCGCCACAAAGCAUCGCAUCGAGCAAUAUCUCAAGAAGCGGAUUCGUGAAACACGCUCAUCCAUGUAA